GCGGCUGCAGCGCCAGGUCACGUGGCGCCGAGAGGCGCGGCCUCGCGCUCUCUCCGCGGGGGCGCACGAAGCAGGAUGGAGUCGGUGGCGCUGGAGCGGUUCCGCAGCCGAGGCAAAGGCAGCGGCCUCCGCUCCCGCCGGCAGCUGCAGCCCGGAGAGCUGCUCUACCGCGACCAACCCUUCGCCCACAUCGUCACCAAGGAGCUGCUGGGCAGCGUCUGCGACCACUGCCUGCAGAGGAAUGAACAUCUGCAGAGAUGCUCUCAAUGCAAGGUUGCUAAAUACUGCGGUAAAUCUUGUCAGAAAGAAGCUUGGCUGGACCACAAGAGGGAAUGCAGAUGUCUUAAGAGCGUUAAGCCUAAUUUUCCUCCAGACUCUGUCAGACUUGCUGGCAGAAUUGUUUUUAAACUACUUAGACAAUCAGAAUGCCUUUCUGAGAGACUCUACUCUUUUUCUGAUCUUCAGUCAAUUCUUAUAAAGGAAGAAAGACAUUCUUGGUUCAUUCUUGCAUCUCGUUUAAAAGGAAUUUCUGGAGAUAUUGAACAGUUAGGUGAAGAAAUGAAAGGUGGCCUCAGGCACCUUGCACAGACAUUGCAACUAUAUUUGAAAGCGGAGAUCCAGGAUGUGUCUCAGUUGCCAGCUGCAAUUGACUUUUUUCAGAUCUUCACAAAAGUGACCUGUAACUGUUUCACCAUCAGUAGUGGAGAGAUGCAGGAUGUUGGUGUUGGCCUCUAUCCUAGCAUGUCGUUACUGAACCACAGCUGUGACCCAAACUGCGUGAUCAUCUUUGAAGGAUACCAGCUUUUACUUCGCUCUGUCCGAGAGAUCCAGAUUGGAGAAGAGCUCACCAUCAGCUAUAUUGAGACACUAAUGCCCACCAGUGAACGCCAAAAGCAACUGAUGCGCCAGUAUUGCUUUGAAUGUGACUGUCUUCUCUGCAAAACUCAAGAAAAGGAUGCUGAGAAGUUGGCUGGUGAAGAGCAUGCCUGGGAAGAAGUCAAAGAUGUUGUAAGUGAAGUGAGAUAUCUAAAAUCAACAAAAGAGUGGGAACAGGUUCUGUCAAGAUGCAAGAGUCUCUUGAGCAGCAAUACGGAUCGUCUUCCAGACACAAAUAUCUAUCAGCUGGAAUUGCUUGACUGUGCCAUGGAUGCCUGUAUUAACCUUGAAUUGUGGGAAGAAGCUUUGUACUAUGGCAACAGAACUCUGGGACCAUACAGACUGUAUUAUCCUGGCUUCCAUCCGCUCAGGGCUCUCCAGCUGAUGCGAGUAGGCAAACUGCAGUACAGUCAAGAUAUGUUUCCUCAAGCGCUGGAGACCUUGAAACAGGCCUAUAAUAUUAUGAAGGUGACCCACGGGACAGACCACAGCCUGAUGCAAGCCUUGAUGGAGAUAAAGGAAGAAUGUGAGGCCAUCAUGAGAAUGCAGCAAAGAUAACCUCUAGUCCUGAAAACAAGCUAUUCAAGGAGAUAGAUAGGAAAUCAAAUGCUUAUGUUUGCAUUGGGAAGCUUCUUGAUGAUUUUGGUGUCUUUUUGGUCCUACUUGCUUUACAAAAAUGGUUACUAUGAGUUUUGGUGUAUGAAUUGAGUUGUUAUUUAGAGGAUUAUCUACAAUUUUCAGAGGAUAUUUUUUCUUCUUACCAAAAAAUCUAAUUGAUGAUACCUAAAUAUCGAUCUACAACACCAAUUUAAUUGAUAAUAAGUAUUGGGAAAUGAAUACAGAGGUUUCAUCAGUUACAAAGUGAUGUAAUUCAAUUGAUAACCUGCAGGUGUGAUUUUUUACAAGUUUAUGCCAGCAAUUAAGGAUCUAGUGUCAGAUAUUUUUUUCCCUUUGCUUGCCCUUAGGUGUCGUUUCCAAAAGCCUGAUCUAGUGUUCUUUGACAUCAAAUAAGUUUCUCAGUGUUCUAAAUGAGAUUUUCCUCCCUCCCAAUACCUCUGCAGGGCUCUGUCUCUCUUCUUGCAUUUCAUGUUUUAGAAUAUUGAAUACUAAAAUAGAUUGAAUAAAAAAUGUCAUCAAAAUUGUAUGUA